AUGCCAAUUUCUAUCUCAAUCACUAGGUACUCUUCGUUCUUGAUUGCACUCAAAACCCCUGAUUGUUCACUGAAAAGGUUACUCCUUUUCAGCACAUUUUCUUCUGUAGCAGCUGAAAAAUUUCUGACCCAUUUGCAAAAAGAUGAGUCCAACGUUGAGAAAAACCUCGACUCAGUGAGCGCCAAGCUGGAUUCUCGAUGCAUCACUCAAGUGUUAGAAAGGUGCGCUAUUGAUAAACCCAAAUUGGGUGUUAGAUUCUUUAUUUGGGCUGCACUUCAUCCCACCUAUAGACAUACUUCCUAUAUGUAUGAAAAAGCUUGUAAAUUGCUGGAUGUUGAGCGAAACCCACAAGUUAUUACUGAUGUUAUAGAUGAAUACAGGGCUGAAGGUUUUGUUGUUAGUGUCAAGAUGUUUAAGGUGGUUUUGAGUUUGUGUAGAGCAGCUAAAGAUGCGAACUUGGGCUUAUGGGUUUUGAGAAAAAUGAAGGAGUUUAACUGUAGGCCGGAUACCGUGUCUUAUAAUGUGGUGAUUAGACUACUUAUAGAGAAGGCAAGGUUAGAUGAGGCAAUGGGCUUGAUAAGAGAGAUGGGUUUGAUUGAUCUUUAUCCUGAUAUGGUUACAUAUGUUUCAAUUAUUAAGGGGUUCUGUGAUGCAGGGAGGUUAGAGGAUGCGGUUGGAUUGGUAAAGGUUAUGAAAGGGCAUGGAUGCGUGCCAAACGCUGUUGUCUAUUCGACGCUCCUUGAUGGAAUGUGUAAACAUGUGAGUUUGGAGAUGGCACUGGAGUUCUUAGGUACAAUGGAGAAAGAAAAUGGGGAAUCUAAGCCAAAUGUUGUAACUUAUACGACUAUGAUAAAGGGCUUUGUUGAAAAAGGGAGGGCUAUGGAGGCAUUGAAGGUUUUGGAUCGAAUGGAUAGUUCUGGAAUCAAACCAAAUACUGUGACUUUUGUUGCUAUUCUUGAUGGAUUUUGCAAAGAAGGGCAUCUAGAGGAGGCUUAUAAGCUAAUUGAUAAAUUUAGUGGAGAUGAACUUCAAUAUGAUGAGCUAUAUAGUAUGCUUGUCAUGUCGCUAUUGAGAGCUGGAAAGCAUAAGGAGUCAGAGAAGACAUUCAGGAUGAUGUUGGCUCGAGGAAUGAGACCGAGUGGUUUGGCAUCAAGUAGAAUCAUUAAAAGCGUAAUUUCAGAGGGUCGGGUGCUGGAUGGAUUUAUCUUGUUUGAUGCACUUAAAAAGUCUGGAGAAUUGCCCGCCAUUGAUUCUGAUGUUUACUCAGUACUGUUGGCUGGACUAUGUGAAGAAAACCAUUUUACAGAAGCAGCAAAGCUUAUUCAUAUUAUGGUAGAGGGAAAACUUCAGAUAAAAUCUUCUCAUACUGAAAAAAUAAUCAAACAUCUCAAUAUUUCAGGUGAAAAUGAUCUAGCUUCCAGUGUUUCCAGUAUUAAAAGAUAA